AACCUUCUUUGCGCUCUCGCGAGGUUUCCUCUUCUCGGAAGCACUGGAGGACGUUCCCUGUUAACGGCUUCGCGAUGUGUGGGGACUGUGUGGAGAAGGAAUAUCCCAACAGGGGUAACAUCUGCCUGGAGAAUGGAUCUUUCUUGCUGAACUUUACAGGCUGUGCAGUAUGCAAUAAGCGGGAUUUUAUGCUGAUCACAAACAAAUCUUUCAAAGAGGAAGAUGGAGAAGAAAUAGUUACCUAUGAUCAUCUGUGUAAGAAUUGUCAUCAUGUAAUAGCCAGGCAUGAGUAUACGUUCAGUAUCAUGGAUGAAUUUCAGGAGUAUACCAUGCUGUGUCUGUUAUGUGGUAAAGCUGAAGAUACUAUCAGUAUUCUUCCCGAUGACCCCCGACAAAUGACUCUGUUAUUCUAAGGAUCCUUCUGCAGUUCUCUUGUAACGGUGUUGUGUUGGUUUACCAUCCAGCAAGCCUCAUGGUUUGUCUAACCUAGUUUGUAAUGGAAAUUAUUUGCAUAUUGUUUUUUUCUGCCUAGGUUUACCUGUUCUUUGAAAGAAAAAGUAAUUUAGGGGAUUGUUCUCUAGAGCUGAGCUCUUCUGCUAAGGUUCUCAGUGCGCAUCAGUGCAGCUAGAAUGAAGCUUCUUUGUUAGAGGUUAGGUGGCUGAAAAAGAACUAGGAUGAGAGCACAUCUAGUGCCCAUAUCUUGGUUCCAAUAAGAGGAACUAGGACUCCUCAGGGGAAUGACUGAGUCUAGGACUGGGGCAGUAAAUGUGAAAAAUGAGCUUGGAGUAUCUUGAGCCACAAAAAGGGAAGUGCUCAAAAGAACAGUCACAAUUUUUGGGAGUAUGUCAGAGGGACAGGAGAACCAGCUGAAGGGGCUCUCGGUGACCAACGUUGGAAAAAUUUGAGCAAGAAAAUAAAGUAGUAUUGGAUUAUAACCCAAACUAUAAAAUAAAUAUUCAUGAGUCCAUAUGGAUAUAAAUUAUUGAGUAAAUACAUAAAUUGGAGAGAAUAGACAACUCUCCCAUGCAAAAGAAUUUCAAAUAAUGUAUGUAGAUACUCUUCACUCCUUAAGUGUGGGUUGGCAUAGUGAUUUCCUUCCCAAGAGUGUAUUAUGGAAAGUGGGAAAAAGAAAUAUAUGACACACACUAGCUGAGUGAUCAAGAUGAACAACAUUGAUGGUAAGCCAUGUUGAUAGCAUGUGCCUGUGGUAUGAUGUGAUGAGAAUGACACUUUGCCUUUGUGGUCUUCCUCCCAAAAACCUAUAACCCCAGUCUAAUCCUGAGAAAAAACAUUAGGCAGAUCCCGGUUGGGAGAUAAAUCCCACUUGAAGAAAAUACCUGACAAGUAUUCCUCAAAACUGUCAAGGUCACUUAAGACAAGGAAGUCUGAGCAACUCUCACAGCCAAAAAGAGCCUAAGGAGACAUGACCAUUAAAUAUAAUGUGGUGUCUUGAAUGAGAUACCAUGCCAGAAAAGGGACACUUGGUAAAAACUGGAGAAAUCUAAAUAAAGUGUGGACUUUAGUUAGUAGAAAUAAAUAGAAUGGUUGCAGUUGCUCCAGAGGGAUCUUAGAAUAACUUACCUUGCGUUGUUGAAAGAACACCGGUUUGGGUGUCGUAAACCUUGGUAUUCAGGCCUCUGCCCUUUGGUAGCAGUAUGACCAUUAAGCAAGUCAUACUGUGGACUUUAUUGUUCCCUUUCUGUAAUUGGGCUAAUAAAACUUGAUAUCCUACUUCCUUCAUGGUAUUGUUAGAUCCAAGUGAAUAUUGAACGUAAAAUGCUUUGGAAGCCAUGUACUAGAUAGAAUGAGAUAAUUUCAGUUAGUUCUUAUUCUGAGAUCAAAACCUAAGGGUCAGGCAUGAAAAACAAAAUUGUUUCCUAUUUAUAUCUCAGACAUUCUGAACUGAGUGAGCACAGUUGUUGAUAUCAAGGGAAAGCUUUAUUAUGUAAGAGGAAUAAUGAUACUAGCUGAGAUUUACUGAGGACUAAGUGCCAAGGGCUUUUUAAGCACCUGUUUAAUCCACAUUAACAAUUCCCUGAAGUAGGUACUAUUGUCAUCCCAAUUUUAGAGCCAGAGAAACUAAGGCACAAAGAAGUUAAGUAACUGACUCCAGUCACAGAGUUAGUACAGUGACUCCCUCUUGACAGUAGUGUUCAGUACACGUGAAGUAUCCGGGCGGGUCUGGCAAGGUUAGGAAGAGGUUGAGAAUCAGUGACAGCACUCUGGGGAAUCUAGGCAUGUCAGACAAAGAUUUAUUAUUCAGAAAAGUUAAGACAGCUGUUCCUUAGGGAUCAGUUGUUUAUUCCUGGAAAAUGUUUUCCACUUUCUGCAAAUCUAUAUCUGACCUGCUGAGGAAAUCGUUUGUGAAAUUCAUCCAGAAGGCAGAGAAAAUGUUUCAUUACUUUAAAUAGCAGCACUAAGCCUGUUAUAGUCUCUGAAUUGUCCCUUCUUGGAGUUUGCUAGUACUUCCAAUUUAGUCAUUUGGGAGCUCAAAAGUAUGAUUUUAUAUGCCCCUCCUGAUAUCCUCAUCUCUUGCAGAAUGUAUAGUUAUCUCUUUUGGACUAUGUAUUACAAACAUUUUAAACAUAAGAUCGUAUCCACAUAUUUCAUUAUUAUUAAACCAACAUUGUACUUACUAUGUUUUGCAAUACUUCCUUUAUCAUCUUCUAGAAUUCUUCAUGGACCUAAUAGAAUAAAGACUUCUUGAAUUCA